AUGGCAAAAGUUUCGACACCGAUCUUUGAUCAGUAUCCAGACACAUCAAGAACGCUUAACGAAGAGGAUGAUACGAGAUUAAUAGCGCUAUUGAAUGCGUCGAUGCCCGAUCUGCUACAAAAGAUACCCGACAUGAAGGAUAUCACCGAAUAUUGGAUACUUUAUCCACAUAAAAUUCAAGUGCCAUUGCAUAAGGAUGAUUUAUUAUAUGAAUCAAAGCGAAAUUAUUCAAGUGCAUUAAAUUUAGCCAUAAGAGAGUGUUCAAUUGAUGGAACUUGUAAUAUUCUUUUAACAGAUAAUAAAUAUCCACACCAUGAAACUGGUCAUUAUCGUAAUAAAUCAUCGAAAAUUUGGGAUCCUCAUCCGCAGUAUGAAAUUGAUGCCGAUAAAGUGCACUUUGUGCUCCGUUUGAAGCAAGAACCUGACUUAGUUGCACCGAAACUUGAGGUGACUCACGUGUGGAACAACAGCAAUUUAAGGCGAAAGGAUGAGCAGCGAGAACACUACGAGCACAAAGAAUGUCAAUAUAAAGGAAGCAUUGUGGACGAUGAUAAAUCGAUUGUUGCAGUUUCACUUUGCGAUGGCAUGGUGAGAAUCACUUUAAAAUAUUUAAAAUUAUAUAAUCGAUCGAGAGCCACGUGGAAGGAUUGA